CUCUUUGACAGGGUGAAAGACCUGGGACGGGACGGAGGUGAAGAAGCCAAAGCCUUGAGCUUGACUCUACUUUGAGGCUGUUGAUCUCGGGGAGCUUCACGAGCCUAGAAUUAAUCGCACGGACAUUGGUUGGUGGCAGGAUCUAAUCUUAUCUCAUCUGUCUGCGCUUUUUCCAUCUCCGCGACUCUGGCCAGCACCGCAGCGCAACUCUUACCACAUCAUUGCAACAUCGAUUCUCUCAUAUCCAACACCGAGACGUUUACCUCCUUGACGACUGGCUAGAGCAUUCAUACACCACUAGAGAUCUUACCGCAAGGGCCAUACCAUAUCUCGUCCACUUGCGAACUCUCGGUCUUGAUCAAGCAGGUCUCGUGCAAAUUCGCCCGCCACUAUCAUUACCACAAAGCUGGCAUAAGACCCAAUCGCCCACACUCAUGAAGAGGAAUUCGAGGUGGCACGCUUUGGCUCUGCGAUGAGCGACCUCGACAAGGCCAUCGCGCAACUGCGCGCAUGCCGACCUAUUCCCGAACCUCAAGUGCGCGAACUGUGUUACAAGGCCCGCGAACUGCUCAUAGAAGAAGGCAACGUGGUCACAGUUGAUGCUCCUGUCACGAUAUGCGGCGACAUCCAUGGACAAUUCCAUGACCUCAUGGAACUCUUCCGUGUGGGAGGUGAUGUUCCCGACACGAACUACCUGUUCAUGGGCGACUUUGUAGACCGGGGUUUCUACUCUCUCGAAUCUUUCCUCCUACUAUUGUGCCUGAAAGUUCGGUAUCCCGACCGUAUUACACUCAUUCGCGGCAAUCACGAAUCCCGCCAGAUAACCACGGUGUAUGGCUUCUACGACGAAUGCAUACGCAAAUAUGGCAGCGCGAAUGUGUGGCGGUACUGUUGCGAAGUCUUUGACUACCUUGCGCUGGGCGCACUCAUCCUCGGCGCAACCACUGAUGUACCACCCUCGACGUCUCAGUCCUACAGCGACAAUACCCAGUCCACCCUCCCCCCAGACGAUGAUGACGAUAUCGAGUCCGAAGUGUUGAACGCUAACGGCGAUCUCAUAAGCAAGACUCUCCGACGGCAAUUUGCUGGCUUAAACCUCAACUCUCAAUCCUCCGUAGAUACAUCCCGCAUUUCACCCGCUCCGGACAUCGAUGCCCCAUCACCUCUUGAACCGCCCUCCUCUCUCCCUUCGCAAGGCUCACCUGGAGCGUCACUCUUCAACCCACCAACAUCCACGACCGGCGCGGUCCUGUGCGUCCACGGUGGGCUGUCACCUCUAAUCGACACGGUGGAUAAAAUCCGACUGAUAGACCGCAAACAAGAAGUGCCGCACGAAGGCGCCAUGUGUGACCUCCUGUGGUCCGACCCGGACGAGAUUGAGGGCUGGGGUCUGUCCCCUCGCGGUGCGGGUUUCUUGUUCGGUGCAGAUAUUGUCCGCCACUUCAACCACACGAACGACCUGUCCCUGAUUGCCCGAGCCCACCAGCUCGUCAUGGAAGGAUACAAGGAGAUGUUCGACAAGACCAUAGUCACGGUCUGGUCCGCCCCGAAUUACUGCUACAGGUGUGGCAACGUCGCCGCCAUCCUCGAACUCGGCGAGGAUGGAAGCAACGGCGGCUGCAUCACCAGGGCGAACGGCGACCAAGGACGCAAGGAACCCGUGGGAGGAGACGGCAACGGCGGCGGUGCCGGUGUCCUUUGGAACCUGGCCACGCCGGGACGACGUUAUAGAGUGUUUGAGGCGGCGCCGCAAGGCACGAGGGGGAUGCCGGCCAAGAAACCAGUCGGCGAGUAUUUCUUGUAACACAAUUUCAGAAGGGGCUUGACUACCUACCUUUACCUUGACUAGGUACACGUAUGGAAAUCAUGUGUAUCCCUUUUUUUGGCUUCUUUCUGUUCUUUUUGUUGUUCACGGCGGGGUGGGAAAUGAAGCGUAUAGUUUUUCCAGGGGUUUUUGUAUUCUUUUAAGUUUCCGUCAAAGGGAGAUGGAGAGGAAAGGACUCUCCUGGGGUAGGCUUGUGUGUAUUAUCAGGGAGAAGAUGAAAUCAAAACGCCCACACACACACACAACGAAUGGUUCGGCUUUUUUUAUGUUUGUGAAAGGAGUGGCGUGGAUAGCGAUGGCAGAUUUGUCUCCAGCUCUAUAGAAAGCAGGGAUUGUUGGCGUUGUGGAGCAAUAAAGUGAGGAAGGAAAUGCACAGAGCAGACUUACCUAUCGGUACAAAAUGAAGUAGUACGGAGUAAGCAGAAACCACAUGACAUACCUAGAUGAGGGACGUGGUGGUGAUUGACUUUGGCUUCGAAUAAACAUUAGAAAUGGAACGAGAACUGGCAGGGUUCAGGAUCGGAGAAGAGUAGGAUAGGUAUUUGAAUCUAAACCAUGCCAUGGUCGUAU